AUGUCGACCGUCAAGCUCAAUCUCAAGAAUGCAAAGGAGGCCAUCGUCGCCAAGAAAUACGACGACGCCCUCAAAUGGACAGGAAAGGUCCUCGACACCGACUCCGAGAACUAUAUGGCACUCGUGUUCUCAGGAUUGGCGCACCAGAACUUGGGCCAGGCCGAUAAGGGAGAGAUGGCAUUCAAGAGAGCGAUUUCCGUCAGCCCCGAGCUUCCACUUGCUCGCGAGGGCUUGAUCAACUUUUACGACAAAAUGAAAAAAUGGGACGAGCUCAUACUGGCGCUGGAGAAAAUGCUGGAGACACACCUCAAGACUCCAGAUGGCAAGAAGGCGUUGGUUACUAUCGAGAGACUGAUUGAACUCUACACUACUCAGGAACAACCGGACAAGGCCAUUGAGAAGAUCCAGACAUUAUUGCCAGGAAGCUCACUCUACGACAUCCUUGAGGAGAAACCAAAUCAGAUGGAGACAUUGAGAAAGCUGGCAGAAUUGCAGGAGAGGACCGACAGCGAGUUCUUCGAUCGGGAAGUCAGACUGCGUCGCGGUCGACUUGGCGGUGGAACUCUGGAGCAGGUGCAAAACACCGUGCGGAAUGAACUCUACACCAAGUCAGAGCUAGGAUCAACAUACGAAGCUAUCUUGAAACUGGACCCAGAGAACAAUGGCGAUCUGGAACAAAAACUGCUUACUUUCUACAUCAACAAGACAGAGGCUAUCUCGGUAGACAAAAAGGCUGGUAUUCGUGACAAGGCACUGGAGUUGGCAUCCAAAAUGGUUCGGGAAGAUUCUGCACCGGCACUUGCCUACGAGACGCUGCUCAAAUUCACGGACGCAGCAGCCCCUUCAGAAUAUGACAAGGCUCUUCAGGAACAGUAUAUCUCCAACUUUCCUAACACUGGUCUCUCAAAGUUCAUCCAGGCGCAGAUGCAUUUUGACAAUGGAGAGUCGAGGGAGGACCUGGUCGAGAUUCUGGACGAAGGCUUUAAGCUGGAGCCAAACCUUGUGUAUGGAUAUCUCGUUGUCUGCUGGAUGGACCACGAGGCCAAGGACUAUGAUUCAGGACUGGAACAUGCCACUGCCGGCAGGGUUCUCAUUCAGAAGUUAGCCGCCUCCUCCGGUUUCCCUUUUUCAAGAAUGCGUCGCUCGUUUGAGCUCUGCAUGGCCAACUGUCAAGUCAAGAUCAGCUCAAAGCUCGCCGAGAGCGCGUUGGCGCUUUAUGAAGGAAUCAUUAAGGAGGACAAUGGCAACAUCGAUGCCCACCAGGGUAUCGGUCUUGUCAAAUCCGCAGAUGGACACUAUGCAGAAGCGAUUGCAUCGUUCGAACGAGUUCUCGCGCUGGACCCCAACAACAUCUCUGCCAGGUCUGAAUUGGGCUGGAUCGCCUAUCUUCAGCAGGAUUACGAACAGGCGGAGAGGAGGCUCAGGGAUGUCGUCGAGACAUCAGAGGAACCUCGUGCUCUUGACUUGUACCGCCUCGGACGGACUUACUAUGACAUGGGUGGCGAAUAUCGGGAGAACGCAGAGUACAGUCAUGCUCAGCUUAUUGCCGCUGCCAAGUUGGACCCCCAUUGUGCAGGUGCUUUCACAUACCUUGGGCACUACUAUCGGGAAGUUGUUCAGGAUGAGACGCGUGCGGAAAAGUGUUACCAACACUCCUUCUCGUUGGACCCCCGUGAGAGUGAUGCCGGACUUCACCUGAGUGACUACCUCUUGAACAACGACAGCUUGGAGGGCGCAACGGAUGUAUACCAGAAGGUCAUCGAAGCUAAUGGCAAGGCCAACUGGGCUUUGAGCAGACUGGGAUUCGCUGAGCUGAGCCGUGGCAACAACCUGGAGGCCAUGAGCGCGUUCCAGAAACUUUUGCGCAACGACAUCAAGGACGGUCUGGCUUGGGAGGGUGUUGCUGAGGCCUACCAGCAUGAGGGUCGUUACAUGGCCGCUCUAAAGGCGUUUACCAGGAUGAGGGAACUACUCCCGGAAUCGACCGUCGCCGCGUACCACAUCUCUCGUGUGCAUCAGAGACUUGGUAUGUACCCAGAGGCUAUUGAGCAGUACCGCGUCGCUCUCGAGUCUGCAGAGAGGAACCAAGAACCGCAGCAUAUCCCAUCCUUGAUGGGUAUGGCUGAGAGCUAUCUGGAGCAGGGCAAGGAGUUCUUUGUGUCCGGUUACUAUGGUCGUUCUGCAGAGUCUUGCGGGCAUGCACUGGACUAUGCCCUUCAGCUCCUGAACUUGGACAAUGAACUCAUAUCUGCGUGGAAGUUGGUCGGAGAUGCUUGUGUUGCUUACCGUGCUGUGCCAAAGUACUUGCACCUCUGCCCCUUCGAUGUUCUCUCGGGAGUCGCCUCCAUUGUGCCCGCUGAGACCAACACACUCCUCCACUUCCCCGCGGAACUCGACCAAGAACUCUUGGAGACUGCCCAGACGAACCCACCAGCGGAUCUUUACAACUCUACAACGGACCAGAGCUCACAUGCAUUGGACGUGGUCUUUGCGAUCGCAGGAAUGGCGUACAAGAGAGCCAACAUCUUGAACGGAAAUGAGGGACAUCAGGCGUCGCACUGCUGGUACGACAUUGCGUUGACCUACUACUACCGCUAUGAGAAUGCCACUAGGAAGAACCGUUCCGCUGAAGCUGCCGGCCGUGCCAACCUCUGGCUUUCGGUCGCCAUGCGCUGCCUCAAGGCCUCGCUGCAGUUUGAGGAAGAGAGCCCCAUGGUCUGGAACGCCCUUGGAGUUGCCGCAUUGACCACCAACACCAAGAUCAGCCAACAUGCCUUCAUCAAAGCCAUCGAAUAUGACCCCAAGGAUGCUGCACCAUGGUCGAACCUCGGAUUCUUGUACAUUCUUAACUCGGAACUGGAUCUCGCCCUUAAAGCUUUCACAACUGCUCAGACUCUAGACCCUUCCUUUGCUCAGGCAUGGACAGGACAGGCGUGUGUGGCUAGCCUUUGGGGAAGCGAUGAGUCGACGGCACUGUACGCCCAUGCUUGCGAGUCCAGUACUGCCUCAGUCCUGGAGGCCAACUACGGUUACGCUGUCAACACCUUUACCGACAUGCUGACUCGCCUUCACAAGACCAGCACCGCAUCGACUUCUGGCAACAAGAAAGGAGCAUCCACAAGCGCUACCAGCUUGCUUGUCACUCCGGCUUUCGCCUUGUCCAAAUACUUGGAUCAGCGCCCUAGAGAUGUUGCAGGCUGGAACUUGUUGGGUCUGAUGCGUGAGAGGUUCUUGCAGCCCGAAGGAGCAGCAGAGUGUUUCUUGACGGCGAUCCGGAUCAUGAACGAGGAGGAGACUGAGGAUAGCGAGGCAUCCUUGAGUAACGAUCACAGGAGACGCAAGAUGAUGUUGCAUCACAACGUGGCUCGUGCGUUCUUGUCGAUGCAGGAUUAUGCCGGCGCCGUCGAGGCUUACGAGAUUUCGUUGGAGCUGGAGGGACCCGAUGCUGUGCCGAGUGUGGUCAGGACGUGCAAGCAUCUCGGAGCAGGACUAGCGCUGUACUAUGCUGGAGAGCUGGAGCGCAGUUUGCAAAUGUUUGAGGUUGCGCUUGGUGAGACUGAGCAGAUCGCGGGCAUGGAGCAGUCUCGCGAUGAUGUAGUUGUGCUGUUGAGUCAAGUUCUGUGGGCUUUGGGUGGUGACGAGCAACGUGCAGCGGCCAAGGACGAGCUGUUUAGAUGCAUUGCCCAGUCUCCCAGCCAUCUUCCUGCGAUCUUUGGACUGAGUGCGAUGGGUCUGGUCCAGGACGAUGAGACAUUGGCGACAGCGGCAUUGAAGGAAAUCUUGAAGUUUUCGAGGCAGGAGCUGGCAGAGAUGGAUCCCGAGUUGCGGUCAGACAAGAUGAUCAGUCAAUACUACUCGCUCUUGAAUGAGUCCAAGCUGUCGAUCGAAUCGUUGUCAAAGUCGAUCCAUCAGUCACCAACAGAGGCAGUGCUUUGGAGACGACUUGCCGAGCACCUUUCGACGACGAUCGGAACCACAGGUUCGACACCAUACUCGGUCGCACAGUCUAACGCUCAGGCUACAUUGGAUCUCCUCAAGGUUCGGGAUAGUCUUCAGGCUUCGGAUCUGUCGAGAGGGUAUGGACAUCUGGCGGGCACAUUGCUGUUGGCGGAUGAGGAGAAGCAGCAGAAGGUUCGCGGAUGGAAGAAUGUGAAGAAGGAGAAACUGGAUGAGGAGCACCGUCUGAGCCAGGAGCGGUUGAACCAGGCUCACGUGAUGGCACAGCAUAGUGUUAUGGCGGCGCCUUGGCGGCGGGAGGCGUGGCAGGUUGUUGGUGUUGUUACGCAGGAGCUGCAGCAGCGUAGUUAG